CAUCACUCGCCUAACACACAUCAGUGAUGACUCCGCCCGCCUGCUCAAGAGGAGUAAAGAGAUCACCUUCCAGCUGCAGGAAGAUCUCAUGAAGCUCCUCAACGAGCUCUACACCGUGAUGAAGACGUACCACAUGUAUAACGCGGAGACGCUGAACGCCGAGACGAAACUCCGAGAAGCGGAGCGCCAGGAGGGGCGUGUCAAGACGGGGUCGAGCGGAGGGGUGGAGCCUGUGUUUGGCCUGCGAAUAGAGGAGCGCCACCAGAGACGCAACGCCGCCCGCAAGAUGGAGAAGAUGAGGGAGAAGAGGAAAGCAAAGUACUCAGAGAACAAGCUGAAGACGCUGAAAGCGAGGAAUGAGUACCUUUUAACUCUGGAGGCCACCAACUCCUCUGUGUUCAAAUACUACAUCCAUGACCUGCCAGACAUAAUAGAUUGCUGUGACCUGGGGUACCACUCCAGUCUGAGCCGCGCGCUGAGGACCUACCUGUCAGCAGAGCUGAGUGUGGAGGCAUCCAGGCGGGCAGGGCUGGAGGUGCUGGAGGGGGCAGUGGAAGGCCUGGAUCCUGCCCGUGACAGACAGCGCCUGCUGGGCCUCUACCCCACCGCCUUCUGCCCCCCACCUCGCUGGAGCUUCCAGGCCCACAUGGGGGACACGGUGGCUCAGAUCGCCGCUCAGCCGCAGGUGCAGGCGGAGCUCACACUGCGCCUGCAGCAGCUCCAGACACGCCUCGCCACGCUCAAGAUAGAGAAUGAGGAGGUGAAGAAGACUUGGGGCGCCACACUGACCACCCUUCAGGACAUGACGGUGCUGGACGACUCCGACGUGUCCCAGAGCUUCACCCACAGCCCGUCCUCUGAGUCCGUCAAGUCCAGCGUGUCGGACGGAUACCUGAACAAGCCCAGCCUCGCCAAGAGGCGUGCCAACCAGCAAGAAACCGAGCUCUUCUACUUCACAAAGUUCCGUGAGUAUCUGGAAGGCAGUAAUCUCAUCUCCAAAUUACAAGCCAAACAUGACCUGCUGAAGAAAGCCAUGGCAGAGGGCUAUAUAACUGACAUGCUCACCACCAGCCGUGGGCGAAAAAACUCCCAUAGCAAACAUCAGGACUCUACUAAAGCCAUUCCUCUACUGGUGGAGAGCUGCAUCCGCUACAUAAACCUCCAUGGUCUUCAACACCAGGGUAUAUUCCGGGUGUCUGGAUCACAGGUGGAGGUCAACGACAUCAAGAACUCCUUUGAGAGAGGUAAUGAUCCUCUGAUAGAUGAGGAGAGUAACCAUGACAUCAACUCUGUGGCGGGCGUUCUCAAGCUCUACUUCCGGGGGCUGGAAAACCCGCUCUUUCCUAAGGACAGGUUCAAUGAUCUCAUUUCCUGUGUCCGUAUAGAGAGUCUGUACGAGAGAGCCCAAUGUAUCCGGAAGAUUUUACUGGCAGCCCCACGGGCUACUCUGGUGGUGAUGCGGUACCUGUUUGCCUUUCUGAACCAUCUGUCCCAGUACAGUGAUGAGAACAUGAUGGAUGCAGGGAACCUGGCCAUAGUGUUUGGCCCCACCCUGCUGCCCACUCCUGACACACUGGACCAGGUGGCCUGCCAGGCACAUGUCAAUGAGGUCGUAAAAACGGUCAUCCUUCACAAUGACAACAUCUUCCCGGACACCAAGGAGCUGCCGGGGCCAGUUUAUGAGAAGUGCAUGACUGGAGAUCAGUACUGCGAGAGCCCGUUCAGCGAGCCAGGAGCCUUGGAGGACGCAGAACCGGAUGGCGGCACAGAGACACAGACCAGUGAGGAGGAGGGGGAGGCUGUGGAGGCAGUUGCCAGGUUUGACUACGUUGGCCGUUCUGGACGAGAGCUCUCCUUUAAGAAGGGCGCGACUCUGCAGCUCUACCAGAGAGCGUCACAAGACUGGUGGGAGGGGCGACACAAUGGGACUCAUGGGCUGGUGCCUCACCAGUACAUAGUGCUUAAAGACAGGCAAGUUCACCACAACACACCCUCUGCCUACACACUACCCACACACGUUCCUCACAUGAGAUGUUGCUAAUGAGAGCAACCCGAC